GUUUCUACAACCACAUCUCGCACACAAGCAGCCAGCAUGAGCGGCGCACGAUUUGGACUGCACAACCUGCAGAAGGCUGCUGGGGCCACCAAACAGGCAAUCCGUGCUGGCCGCGGGCGGUCGUCGCGGCGCGGCAAGACAGCGGGAAAAGGCCACAAGGGUGCUGGCCAGCACGCGAGUGGACGUGCACGUCUCCUCUUUGCGGGUGGUCAAACACCGUUCUACCGAACCCAGCCCAAGCACGGCUUUCACAACCCCCAUUCCAAGGAGUAUGACACGGUGAACCUAGAUGAUAUCAGUCGCGUGCUCAAGGCGGGCAGGCUUGACCCUUCACAGACCAUCACCAUGAAGCAUCUCAUGGAUGCCGGUGUUGUGGGCCGUCAAGUGAAGCAUGGUGUGAAGCUCCUUGGCAGGGGGAAGGAGAGGUUCUCAGAUCCAAUCAGCAUCGAAGUCAGCAGGGCAUCAAAGUCGGCCAUUGGCGCCAUUGAGGAGGCGGGCGGCUCCAUCACAACCGUCUACUUCAACCAGCGCACGCUCCUGGCACACCUCAAGCCACAUCGCGUGUCUCGUCCACAGGCACAGGCACGGCCGCGGGGCGCAGAUCUCGAGUACUACUCAAACCCGGACAACCGCGGGUAUUUGGCCAAACAGAAACAGAAGGAGCAGAGCAUGGAGGAGGUGGAUUGAUCGUCCAACCAUCAGUGCUGAUGUGAUGUGAUGUGAUGUGAUGUGAU